GUAUGUAUGCAUGUGUGCGCGAAUAUUUGUGUGGGCGCGUGUGAGUGCGUGUGGGUGUGUGUACGUAGAAGAGAGCAGGAGAGGGAAGAGCGAGAAUUGUAUUUGACCUCGCAAGUGGAAAAUGCCAUUGGAAGUUAUGAAUGUGUAUACGGCGCUAUUGUGAAUGACGCGUGCCAAAGACCUGAUAAAUAAAUGAAAUAAGAAAAGAAAUAGGAAGCGCGAGUUGAGGGUAAAGGAGGUAGCAAGAGCAGCCCGAGCAAAGGGUCGAAGAGCUCGAUAUCGAUCGUAUGCUCCUGACAACUACUCCCCACAUCUACACAACUAUUACUAACCAAGAAGCUGAAGCGGAUAGAAGCCACGCGACAAAGCAGUCGAAGGUAAAACGAGGAGAAAAUAAUGCGACUGGUGGAUCCUGUGCAGGGGUGUCCGUGAUAACAUGACCCUUACAUUUCUACUUCAUUUCGAGAAUGAAGAGACGCAUGAGAGCGCAGAGGAGCUACUAAUCAGGCAGUUUGUAUCAAGUUACAGGCCGGACUAUUGCUACCUCAGUAGUAAGGGUAAGCGUGUGGUCGGCCGUCGACUACUAUACUUGCUGCCUCUCCUGCGGAAGUUCGGGCAUUCAAAAUCUACGUCGUUGUCGUCGUCGUUGCCGCGACGGCCGCCGGCUGGUGGAUGACUCGCCCAGGUGUCCAGCGCAGCCUGCGUGUAGUAGUAUUAGCUACGACUAGAGAUAAAAAAGAAAGGGGAAGAUUACAGGAUGGAGGAUAUGCCAGACCUCUCUCACCUCACGCCCGAGGAGAGGCGUCACAUCGAAAGCGUCAUGAUGCGUCAAAAGCAGGAGGAGGAACAUCAGAAUGAAAUCAUGAGGCGAAAACAGAAUGAGGUGCAAGUACUGGAGGACACAAUAUCCCGGGCACGUACCGAAAGGUUGAAGAAUGCGGGGGUGGAUCUUGACGUGACCUGCGAAAUAUGCGUGAAGACCAAAUUUGCUGAUGGGGUUGGUCACAUUUGCAAUUACUGUAAUGUUCGAUGCUGCGCUCGCUGCGGCGGAAAAGUUUCCUUACGCUCCAAUAAGAUAAUAUGGGUGUGCAUAUUGUGCCGGAAAAAGCAGGAGUUACUAUCCAAGUCCGGCCAAUGGAUAAAUAAAUCGAAUAUCGGCGGCACUGAUAAUGCGAUGCUCCGUCGCAUGCAAGAAGAUAUGCAAAGUAUGAUGCCGGCGGGCAUUAUAGUCGAUCAAACACAGGAUAAACGCCCGAAACUGGAGAGGGCACACAGCGCUGUUGAAAAAGAGAAUCUUCCACUUUUGCAGCGCAGUGGCAGUUUGCUCAGGCGACAGUACUCACAUCAAGAUCAGAUAACUGGAAGACGGCUGUCGACAAGUGACAGAGGUGUCGAGAUAUCCAUCACUCCCAAUUCGAGGACCUUACCGACCCCGCGUGUCGCACCUUACCAGGCACAAGAAACACCAAGACAUCCAGCUGCUUAUCCGGAUGACGAUCCCAGCUUAUAUCACGGCGAAUUGGAAGGCCUCAUGAGACAGAAUGCCUCGUACCAACGGCAACGGCAAAUCUAUCAGAAUUCGGAUAUUCCCAUGGUGUACGGGCAUCAAGGAAUUGAUCAGAGCGAUGGUGUACGAGCUCCGAUGCAUCCAGUUUCGCAACAGCAACAGCAUCACCAACUCCAUCCGUGUCAUCCCCAAGGACAAACGCAACAGGGCCAACGAAGUUUCAGUAGUAGCGAGGAGGAGCGCAGUACGCCUGAAUGUGCUAGUGACGAACACGACGAUCGUGAACAUGGGAAGGGAUACUACGAAGAGAGCUCGCACAACGGCCACGAUCAAAGCGAGCCGAUGAUGAGCAUCGUAUAUAACGGCCAUAAUCGAGACGCGCCGCGCACAGAAGAGACUUUCGCGAGGAGGAACUUUCGACGCAACAGCGAUGAGUGGCAAGCCGAUGCUAGGAGGUUCACCGAGCGAAGGGGGAAAAAGACGGUGCGAUUUCAUGGUGGAACGAGUACCGGGGGCGGCUCGCAAGAGGAUUGGUAUUGGGAGGCCGAUCGUCAGGGUAGCCAAGACAGUGCAACCAAAGACUCUGGCAUUGACACCUCGAGUACAUUUACGAGCAGCGAAGAUAGCAACAAGGGCGACCUGCCCAAGCAUCCGUCGCCGUGGCAGGUGAGCAGUGAUGGCCACAAGUUGAUCGGUCACAUGGUCCUGCGCAAGUCGUCGCAGGGUCCGGGUACAAGCAAUAGUAGCAUACUUGGCCUGAAGGUCGUCGGGGGCAAGCUUUUAGAGGAUGGUUCAAUGGGCGCUAUCAUCGAGAAGGUGAAAAAAGGCAGUCCCGCCGACAUCGAGGGACAGCUCAGAAGUGGCGAUGAGGUACUCCAAUGGAACAACAGGCCGCUCCAGGGGAAGAGCUUCCAGGAUGUUUCGGAUGUGAUAGCGAUGUCGCGCAACGAGGGACAGGUCGAACUCGUCGUCUCGCGGAAUCUCACAGCCUCCACAAGCGCCCUUUCUAUCAUGGGCGAUAAAACGUCCACCGGCCAUCAGCAGGACAUGUCGUCCACCCCGGACUUCGGAAGUCCAAAUAGUAGUGGUAGUGGUCUCGCGCACAUGCCCACGAGCCGAUAUAGCGCGCAAGCGCAAUGGCGACAGAAACAUGAUGCGACAUUACCGCAACAGCCCCAUCACAAAGAGUUAUACGACGUGCGGAGCAAUAAGCCAUCUGUUCUCGUGACAUCGCCCGGAUCACCGGACCUCUAUGCCCAGGGCCGAGUAUCCAGUCGACACUUUCGGCCGCACGUGGCAAGCCAACAAGUAGGGGGUAACAGCGUGGGCGGCAGAUUACAAAUAAAACUAAACUUCGACACGAGUACAUUGCAACUCGCCGUGACGCUGGUAUGCGCGACCGGACUGACACCCCGUAACAACGGCCAACAAAGAAGUUCCUACGCUAAGAUGUACCUUCUUCCUGACAGAAGUGAAAAGUCGAAAAAACGAACGAAGACAUUGGCAAACACAAAUGAACCGCGAUGGGACCAAACAUUCGUCUACAGCGGUAUUAGAUGGUCCGAAUUAAGGCAGCGAUCACUCGAAAUCACUAUAUGGGAUUACGGAAGGUACGGUGCGAACGACUUUCUUGGUGAAAUUAUACUCAAUCUUGCGGCCUCAACGCUUAAUGAUGAUCCAGAAUGGCAUUAUCUCAUGGCUCAUGAAGAACACCGCCAAACAAGUUGCUAUCAAGAUACGACGGAUGAUAUAGUGACGACACCGGGCGACUGUCACCUGAGUCCACCGUCAACGACAUCGAGAUUAAGUGACUCCGAUACGUCGGAAUGCGACAUAACCGACUGUGACGGCUCCAGGGAGCACAGAAGAACUGCCGAUGGAGCGAGUAUUAGCAGUAUUGGCAGCUCCUCCAGGUUUCAUAAUACGCCGCCAAAUUAUAAGCGCCACUAUUCCAGCCCGCCGCCGGAGAAGGAAUUAUGCGUCGAUGGUGAGCACCGAAGUCGUAGAGACAUGUCGCCCCAGGGUCGGAAGCGCGCCGCCCUCAUGGGCUCGCGGGAACAGCCCGCCUCCAUAUCCGGAUACCAGCAUUACCGAAAGGAUGAGCCACAUCGUACGGCAAUACUCAGUCACAGAUCUCAUAGCGCUGCUCCAAUGGACUCGUCGAGUCUGCGAUACCGUAGAAGGUCACAAAGUCCUAGUGGUCAUCGUUCCCUUUCGCCACCGGACCACAGAUCUAUGCCUUUCUCAUCCGCAUAUUUACCAGCGAGAUUUGGUUCUAGAUCCGCUACGGCAACACCCACAGGCUCGCCAAAGAAGCGCCAGCUGCCUCAAAUACCAGCCAACUUGCAUGCUGCCCUCAAAGAACGCGUUGCUCAUGAUUUGGAGGAGAGAGCAAGAUUUAUAAGGCAUCGCAAUCGGCCGAUUAAUACAAUUUACAGAUGUGGAGUGGGAGGUUGGGAUAGGCGAUUCAGCGGACUGUCAGAUUCUGAUUUACCGUCGAUGGGACACGAAAUCCAUUCGCUAUCGCACGGUCAUGUUCACAGAAUGCCUAGAAUAAGAAGAGGCCACAUGAGUCCCGAAAAGGACAUCUUGGCCGAUCUAGGUGACUCCGACAUGGAAAGCAUCGCGUCAGUAACGAGUAGUGCCUUUAGCACGCAAUCCGAAAGACCACGUGGCUCUCGAGGAUUAAUUGACUACGCAAGCCCGAGCGGUUCGUACGACAAGCCAAGCAGAUAUCCAAUUGAUGAUAACGAACGACGCAACGGCAGCGUUAAGAGAGGCCAGUUCGCAAGGAGUUUCAGUAAUGCCGAAGCGCCCGCGGACGAGAAUGUCGACGGCAGUCUAAGUGAUACAGCGGUCGGCCUGCACGUGGAGGAAAACUCAAGACGAGGCCGUAAAAAUUCGCCAAACAACAAGAAAAAUAGCAUCGGCAGUAGGGAAGUAGGAGGCGGUGGAAGCGGCGGAAUUGGCGGAAGUGGUGUCGUGGGUGGAAGUAGCGGAGGUAGUAUCGGAAUCGUUCAGUAUCAGCCGGCCUUGGGCAAGAAGAGUAACAGCACGAGUCAGCUGUCAGCUCAGCCAUGGUUUUUCUUCUUUUUGUUUGUUGUUUGCAUUAUGACCAAUACCAAUCGACGUACCGCCCCCUCAGAAUGCAGUGCUGGAAGCGACGGCGUCGGCGGUGGCAUCGGCGGCAACAGCAGCGGCAGCGUGACCCUGGGCCAGAACUUACCCGGCUGGGGCCCCGUAACGACUUCAACCUCGGGCCGUAAGCGGAACAGCACCCCGAGCACGAUACAGCGCUCUCAAGAGGUGAUGCCGAGCUGCCAACCGCGUGCCGCAACCUCGAGCCCCAGCCGGGCUAGACAGACACCGUCCAGCGCCUGCCCGAGCGACAGUGUCGGCAGCCUUAACUCCAUUUCGAAUUCCGAUGGAAGCUCUUGGUCACCAAAUUUACGCGUGGCGGGCGAUAGCAGUCAGUUAAACGAAUUUAUCGAGGGUCUUGGACCCGGACAAUUGGUCGGAAGACAAGUUCUAGGGGCUGCUUCCCUUGGUGAUAUACAAUUGUCUCUGAGUAAUACGAAAGGUUAUUUGGAAGUGGAAGUAGUUAGAGCUCGUGAACUUCAGCCCCGACGUGGUAGCAAAACUUUGCCAGCUCCUUAUGUAAAAGUUUAUCUUGUAAGCGGUAAAAAGUGUAUAGCGAAAGCCAAAACAACAACAGCGAGAAAAACACUGGAACCAUUUUAUCAGCAGCCGUUAGCCUUUAGAGAGAACUUUCGUGGAUGUAUAUUACAGGUGACAGUGUGGGGUGAUUAUGGCCGCCUAGAAGGGAAAAAAGUGUUCAUGGGCGUGGCCCAGAUCAUGCUGGACAAUCUGAAUCUCAAUGAAAUGGUAUUCGGCUGGUACAAACUUUUCGGCACCACAUCCCUGGUCAGUGGACCACCUUCUAUUGGCUUGUCUCGUCGAUCAUCCGCGGCCUCCCUCGAAUCUUUAAAAUUCUAAUUCGACAAUUCGAUACAUGUCAUUAUAAGCACAGGUCGCGCGAAUUUCCUUUAAGAAAUAAUUUAAUAUCCCGAGAGAAAAAAAAGAAAGAAAGAG